AUGAGUGAUAAAAAACCAAAACGUGCACAAGGUAACUUGGAUAGCUUCUUCAGCAAAAAAUCUAAAACGGAGUUUAAAUCCAUUAACCACAAUUGUGAAAUGAGCAAUACUGCAGUAUUAUCUGAAGUGACUGAACCUAUUUCUUCUGCACUAGAUUCUCCAAGUACAAGUAACAAAUCACCACAGAAAGAUUUAUCAAAAUCGAUAAAUUCCAAAUAUGAUAUUGGUCUUUAUGUAAAUCAUGUUGAUUCAUUACCAAAUGAAGAAAAGGUUUCAAUUUUAAAUAAUGUAUGGACACCUGAUCCUAAUUCAUUUUUCCAACUCAAAGUUUAUGCUAAAUUUAAAAGACAAUUUCAAAUCAAAUGGCUUAAUACAUUUAACUGGUUAGCAUAUUCUAAAUGUAAAGAAGGAGCCUUUUGUAAGUACUGUGUUCUUUUUCUCAACCAAAAUCAAGUUGGGAAAGGCUCUCAUGAAUCUUUAGGUGGAUUAGUUACUAAAUCUUAUACAAAUCUAAAAAAAGCUUUGGAAACCUUUAGAUGUCACGCUAGUUAUAAUUAUCACCGCACUGCUGUAUUGAAUGCUGAUAAUAUUAUUGCAAUUUUAAACAAUAAACAAGAUAAUGUUUUGGUUCAGUUAAAUAAUCAACUUAAAGAGGAUAUUUUACAAAAUCGUAAUAUGCUCGAGCCUAUCAUUCAGACUAUACGAUUGUGCGGUAGACAACAAUUUGGUUUAAGUGGGCAUCAAGAUUCUGGUCGCAUAUCAAUGAAAGAACCAAUUCAAAAUGAUGGGAAUUUUCGUUGGCUUUUGGGACAUCGUGCACAACAUGAAGAUAAUACGCUAAAAAAAUAUUUAGAAACUUGUAGUUCCAAUGCCAUGUAUACAAGUCCACUUAUCCAAAAUGAAAUUAUUAACAUUUUUGGAGAACUUAUUCAAUCAGAUAUAAUUAAAAAAAAUUCCAAAUCAAAUUAUUUUUCUGUACUUGCCGAUGAAACGACAGAUAUGGCACAAAUAGAACAAUUUUCAAUUUGUAUACGGUAUUUUGAAGAAGAGUUGGUGGUUCUUCUCGAAGAUUUUCUUACUUUUGUACCAGUUCAUGAUGUAACUGGUCUUGGUUUAGCAACCGUUUUACUAAAUACAUUGAAAGAAAUUGGUUUGGACUUGGAUAAAUUGCGUGGACAAGGUUACGAUGGGGCUGCUACUCAGGUAACUUUCGUGGUGUUCAGACAAUUGUGA